UAUAUAUAUAUAUAUAUAUAUACGUAUAUAUAUACGUAUAUAUAUAUACCGAAGACGUUAAUGGUACCUAAAUAGUAGUCGAUCCGCAAUCCACCGAUGACUUAUAUUCGGCACGAUUACGACAUAAUUGUACAUACGCGAGUAUUUUGCAAGAAAAAGAGAAGAAAAAGGGGGAGAAAAAAAAACAGAACGAGUCACACCCGCAAUUGUUAAGCGUAAGUCAGAGCUGUUACAUAGGCAGGAAACAAAUAUACCACCGUCGUUUAUAUUAAUUGAUACAAAUAAAAUCAAGUUUCGAGCAAAGCGCCUGUGCGUGCCGCCUGUGUGUGUCAUUGACCGCAACUUUUCGAAAUUUCGCACGCGAUCGAAAUGCGACUUGAGAUUCACGCUCGAAUCUCUCCUCGCUAUCGAUUAAUUGUGGACGGCGGAGCUGACUUCACCUCUUCCUACACACAGCAUUCGAUAUGUUUAUUUUUGAAAAAGCACAACCUUGGUAUGAUUAUUAUAAUUUUUUAAUUUACUCACUUUGCACUUAAGUAAGGCUGUUUUAUACUGUAAUCGAUAAAUUUUAGGAAGAAUAUUUUAUCGGCCCCUUUUUUUCAGGAAGAAUAAGCAGAAUCUGUUUGUGGGUUAAAGUCCUCCCUAAAACGAACGACAUCCGUUUACCGUUGCCAAUUCUUAUUUUAUAAUCUCCCAAUUAAUUAUAUUUGAUUUCACGGAUGUUCAAACACACACACACACACACAUACAAACACAACUCCCUCGCGCGAAUCGUGGCUGCGACUUAACGGUACCGAUCGCGUACUUGCCGACUCCUGCGAUUUUUGUCUCACCGUAGCGCUCUCUACCUGCCGUAUCCAGGAUUAAUAAUUCCCAUAGAGAGCUGUCGGAGUCCUGUCGGAGGGACGACCGAAGCGACCUGAGAGAAGAACGAAUCGGUCGCACCGUCGUCGCGAUAAGCGUCCGCUCUCGCCACACGCAUUCGUUUCGUCGACUUUUCGUGAAGAUUUCUGCUUGUCUCGUACGGAAUCUUUCGCGACCUCUUCGCUCUUCAUCCGCCGCGCGACACGUCGAGAACGGACGCGUCUGGAUCGCCGCGCGAGCAGGUGAUCGAACGCCGUGCCUGGAGAUGUGAAAUUCCGGAGAGUGUCCUCGUGAGCGAACGGAGCGGAACAUGGCCUUCCUAUGCCCCGUGCGGAUUCGUCGCGGCAAGAAGAAGAAACCCGGAACGCAUAACUUCAAUUUGGAGAAGGACUGCGUCGGAGGAGGAGGCACAGGGCUUGGUCUGGGUACCAGGGUUCCGGUGCCCCCUGGCCGGAUAACGGGAAGCGCCAGUAUCGAGACCCUCGUGAGAGUCGGCAUUGAAAAGGAAAAUGGGCUCUCCCCCGAUAGUAAGAUGGUUAUCGUGCAUGAUUUCACCCCCUGCGUGGAUGAUGAGCUUCAAGUCAAAAGGGGACAGGUAGUGAACGUUCUUUACCGGGAGAAUGAUUGGGUAUACGUGAUAGCGGCUGACACGCGCAUGGAAGGAUUCGUGCCGCACUCGUAUUGCGCACCGUACACGUCGCAGCUGGCGGAGCUGACGCUCGCCAGCCUGAACAACGUGAAGAAGAAGCUGCCGCGAUCCAGCGAGAACGAUUGCGAUCUGCUAAGCACCGGUCGCCUGCAGACGACGGAGGCACAGCAGACCGACACCGGAUCGGCGUCGGAUUGCGAGAGCUACGCGCGCAACAUCACCACCGCAGACGUCAACGUGAAUCGCUCCAACAUCACGCAAUCCCAGAAUUCCAUACAGACCAUAUCGUCUCAGCCGGACGUGCAUCCCUUCUUCAAGGACCCAUCGGCCGGGAGAUACAUCGUCCUCUACACGUUCGUAGCGCGGGACGAAAACGACGUGAGCGUCGAGAGGGGAGAAUUCGUGACGGUGCUGAAUCGCGACGAUCCCGAUUGGUUCUGGGUGCUGCGACACUGCGACGGCAACGAGGGUUUCGUGCCAUCUGGUUUCGUCUAUCCGGGCCACGUUCUCCAUUCUUACGCAACUACCACGACGGCCACCACUGCCACGACGAAUACAGCGUCCGCGGAAACUCACAGCCUAGGCAAGGGCACCGGCAAUCUAACAGGAAGCGAAUCACUGCAGCAGAAGGGACUGCGAGAUUUCCGGGACGAGACGACCGGCACGGAACUGGUGGUGCUUUACGACUACAAGGCACAGGCGCCGGACGACCUGUCGGUGAGGAGGGCCGACUGGAUAUACGCGGACCUAGGAAAUCAAACGGUGGACGGUUGGCUCUGGGCGUACGCGCCCAAAACCCGCAAGUACGGUUUCAUUCCUAAGGCGUACGCACGACCUCCCGCCAUGACUAGCUUGUGACUCUCGGCGAAUCUGCCUCGCGCGCAUUUUUACACGUAUUCAUGUGCAAUAUAACGUUUUUUUAUACGCGA